GCUCAGAUGGAGUCUUGAGGACAGGGGGAGAUGAGAGAAGAGAAGACAAUGAUGCAACUUCACAGAAGAUGAUUGUUGGAGUAAUUCCAACUGGAGAUGAGCCUGAUGGUAGAGAUGAAGUUGAGCCUGAUGGUAGAGAUGAAGAUACAUCAAAUGCUGAACAAGAUCACACUCAGGGGGAGCAGCAAGAGUAUCAAACUAAACGAUCAAGGUGGCCACAAAACCUUAAGGUUUACACAAGGAGACAGAGAGCUGAGAAUGAUCAAGUGCAAAGGGAGGAAGAAAUCACAUUGAGUCAAAACCCUGAAGCCCAAGUACAGCUAGAUUUGCAUGACUCAAGUUCAAGUCCUUCUGCAAGUGAUGGUACAAUCUCUCCUCCACAUGGUGAUUUAGAUCUCCCUAUAGCUCUAAGAAAACAAUCUCGCACUACUGCUGGAAGCAAAACAAUAUCCGGAAUGGAGAAGAGCUAUGAUGGAAGAGAUGGAGGCGCUUGACAAAAACAAUACUUGGGUACUUACUACUCUUCCUCCCAAUAAAAAGAUUGUUGGUUGUAAAUGGUUAUUUACCGUAAAACAAAAUCCAGAUGGUAAAGUGGAAAGAUAUAAAGCUAGAUUGGUGGCAAAGGGAUAUAGUCAAACCUACGGUGUGGACUAUGAUGAGACAUUUGCCCCAGUGGCAAAAAUGAAUACAAUAAGAACUCUAAUUUGCUGCAAAUAA